CCUCCCAUUUCACGAAAAAAAAAUUUUGAUUGGUUGAUUCUCUUCCGCAUCAUGUAAAAGUGUACUGCGGCCAUCAGAAGAACAAAUGUUUACCUACCUUUUCUCUGCCGAGCUACACUAGUUUAGUAUGGAGAAAGUGUACCAAUAUACGAUAGAGCUCACAGCUCACUGUUUAUCGAAGAAGUAAAUUGAAUUUGUAGCAGUGGGGAAUAUGUAAUUGUACGUCUUACUUUAAACGAAAACGCAAAUCUGCAGAAAAUUGGCCAUAUUAAAUUGUUGAAAAAGAUCUAGGAUCUAGGACGACCAAUAAAACAAAGAAGAGAAAACAGAUCAACAGAGACGUUUUUGGAUGUGUACAUACAUUAAUCACACAGCCUGGAUAUAGUUGAUAUAGUUUCCGUAUAAAUUUAUCUAAGAAAUCAUGGAUUAUCGUUUUCCAGAUUGCGAUUCGAACGAGGCGAUCCAAAGCUGGUUAACAGGUUUGGAGGCAUAUAUUAAUGAACCAGCAGUAAACAAAUGUGUUCGACAAAUAAUUUAUUUAGCAGAUACAAUCACUGGGGACAAUAAAAUUGCUUGGUUACUAAAGGCAAUAACUUUCAUCGAUUUAACUUCUUUGAAUAACGACGAUACAAGCAGCGUCUUAGAACAAUUGUGUGAAAAUGCUGCAAACCCUAUAAAGAAUCUUCCAUUUAAAUGGAAUAAUCCACUUCAUACUGCUGCUGUUUGUGUUUAUCCAUCCAAAGUAAAAGAUGUUAAAACUACCUUAAAGAAAUUGAAGAAAACGGAUAUAAUUAGGAUUGCUAGUGUGGCAGCAGGAUUUCCUUCUGGACAAUUUCCAUUAGAGACUCGAUUGCAGGAAGUGCAAAGUGCAGUAGAAUAUGGAGCGCAGGAAAUAGAUGUUGUAAUUGAUCGAUCGUUAGUUUUAAAUCAUCAAUGGAUGACACUAUAUCAAGAGUUGCGAUCUAUGCGUGAACUUUGCCCGAAGAAUGAGGAAAGAACAGUAUGUUUAAAAGUUAUAAUAUCAUCAGGAGAAUUAUUUAAUUUAAAAGACGUAUAUAAGGCGUCCAUGGUAGCUCUAUUUGCUGGUGCUGAUUUCAUCAAGACAUCUACAGGAAAAGAUGUAGUUAAUGCGACUUUGCAAGCGGGAGUUGUUAUGUGUAGAGCGAUAAAAGAGUACGAAAGACUGUCCGGAAAAAAGGCUGGUUUUAAACCUGCUGGAGGAAUUAAGACUGCGAAAGAUGCUUUGGAAUGGAUGGUCUUGGUUAAGGAAGAAUUGGGGAAUGAUUGGUUGACAAGCUAUCGUUUCAGAAUUGGUGCAUCAAGUUUACUGCAAAAUAUUAGUACUGAAAUUAUCACAAUAUAUGAAAACAAGUCAAUUCAACAACCACUGGAAGAUUCUGCCAGUACAAACCAGAUAUCUAAGGAAAAAAGUAAAGAUGAGGAUAAUAAUGAAGAUGAAGAAGCUAAUAAAGACAAAGAUAAAAAUAAAGAGACAUUAAUUAAUUGAGUCUGGA